AUGGACCACCUCUUCGAAGAGAUCUCAGCGCGCGUGAACGAUCUGCUGCUGGAGCAGGGCUCUCACAUCAACACUCAGAACGUCGAGCGAGUUUUCGAAGAGAAGUGGAGCCAGGUGAUGGCGGAGACACUUCGAAAGCAGCGCCCGAAUUUGGAUCGUGUCAUGCAGGAGGUGAUCUCGCACUUCAACGCUGCACUCCUGAACCUCAAGUCGCAAUUCCGCAAGGCCCACAUCUUCCACGGGGUCAAGUCGCUAACCAGCGACAUUCGCGAGAUGUCGGAGGCCUGCUCGUCCUUCCUCUUGGCCAAGAAGGGCAUCGGGGCCGCGCUGGUCCCACUUGCAAUGCCUCAGGUGGCCUCCGGAGCUACGACGCAGGUUGACAACCUUUGGAUCAAGCUGGUGGACACCAUGAGGUUGGAGGUGGACCAGCAAGGGCAGAUGAGUGAUGCCGCCGCACUGAAGAUCCUGAACCGGCUCAAUUCUGAGAUGGAGGCCGCGGACCAGUUGCGCCAGCUACUGCAUCGAUUGGGAUCCCCCUUCGUGCAGAAGUACGGUGGCUAUCAGCAAGUCUAUGAGCAGCAGUAUGCACCGGGACAGAUUUGCCAGCCCAACAGAUACGAGAAUGCUCCGGGACAGCCCUUUUGCGAGGAUCGCUUCGGCUACAACCAACCGUCGCCUGGCUUCUACGGCGACUGCCGCCCCACGGCCCCGGAGCCUAUGCAGUGCCGGCCGCCCAUGACGGGAUACGCCGAUCCUUAUGCCCAGCCCGGAUACGCCCAGCCUGGCUACAGCCAGAUGGACUACGGCGCACCCUCCUACGGCCAAGAUGGGGCGUAUCAGCAGAGCCAAGGAAUGAGCUCAGGCGCGAAGAUGGCGAUGGCAGGCGCUGGUGGCUUAGCUCUUGGAGCUGGGGCGGUCUUCGCGGCUGAACACGCAGGCGACAUUGCUCAGUUUGCGGAGGGCGCGUUCGACGACGUUGGGCGCUUCGCGGGAGAUGCCGCACACGGUGUCGAAGAGUUCGUGGAGGAUAUCUUUUGA